CGUUUUCGUGACUUUAGUAACGGGAUGGUCUGUGGUAACGGGUGACAAAUGAUUGAAUUCGGCGACCUUAAAAUUUGUUAGCAUCGAGUGAUUGAAUUACCGUGCUUCUUGCACAUGUACAUAUACACAGUGUGAAUAUUGACAUACGACAGAAAAUUCCUCAAAAUGGUUCAACAAUACCAAUCACCUGUCCGGGUCUACAAGCAUCCCUUCGCGCUCGUCAUGCUGGCAUAUGAGCGUCGAUUUCCAACAUGUCCCCAAAUACCUGUCUUUGUGGGAUGUGAAGUAUUAUUAGACGAAGAAAAUGAAGAUGGCUCCAUUAGAACUACUGAACGAAAAUGUAAAUUAAAUGUUGAAGCUCCUUAUAUAUUAAAGAAGAUAAUUGGUGUGGACUUUAUAUACUUCAUCCAGAAAAAUGUCCUGGACAGGCGUAACAGUAUCCUUGAAAUAGAAGCCUACAAUGAGAGCUUCGCAUCUAGGGUUACUGUAAUUGAAAAAUGUAGAUACUUCAUCCAUCCAGAGAACCCUGAAUGGACAUGCUUUGAACAAAGUGCUAGUUUAGAUAUCAAGAACUUUUUUGGAUUUGAAAAUUCUAUGGAAAAGCUCGCAAUGAAGCAAUAUGCCCAGAAUAUCGCCAAGGGUAAAGAAAUAAUAGAACACUUUGUAAAUGAAUUAAAACAAGAGGGCAUCAAUUACGUAGAACCAUGGCAUGAUCCAGAAGAAACACCUGAACCGAAGAAUGGAACAAAACGACCACUCUCCAGAAAGAAUACCGAAGAGGAUGAGAAGCAGGGCAAGGAGUUGUGUAGCGCCGAAGGCAAGCUACCGAGCACCAGAGAUAUGCAGCUAUCAUCAGAUUAUAUUGAAAGAUAUUUGGGAAAGCUGGACAUGAUGCAGGAGAGUCGGCUCAUCCAGCUGCGUCACAGUAUCGAGGAAUUAAGAGGCAGCUCCAUGCCAGGAGAUGCAACACUGUUGCGUUUCCUGCGAGCUAGAGAGUUCUCCAUUGAUAAAGCUAGAGAGAUGUUGACCCAAUCGCUUCACUGGCGAAAAAAACAUCAAAUUGAUAAACUUCUCGAUGAGUACGAAGCACCUCAGGUUGUCAAAGACUAUUUUCCUGGCGGAUGGCAUCACUUCGACAAAGAUGGUCGACCGCUAUACGUUUUGCGACUCGGGCAAAUGGACGUCAAGGGAUUAUUGAAAUCUAUAGGAGAAGAUGAGCUACUGUUAUUGGCUCUGCAUGUAUGUGAAGAGGGACUACUUUUGAUGGAUGAAGCAACCACCGUAUGGGGACAUCCUAUUUCUCAAUGGUCGCUACUUAUUGAUUUAGAAGGUUUAAAUAUGCGCCAUCUCUGGAGACCCGGUAUUAAGGCUCUCCUGCGAAUUAUUGAAAUAGUCGAGAGUAACUAUCCAGAGACUAUGGGAAGAGUUCUGAUCAUUCGAGCACCAAGAUGCUUCCCGAUACUGUGGACUCUGAUUAGCACGUUUAUCCAUGAGAAUACCAGAAACAAAUUUAUAUUUUAUUGCGGUACGGACUACCAAGAGCAAGGAGCUGGAGGUCUCGGGGACUACAUCGAACAGGAAUUUAUUCCUGAUUUUCUGGGAGGACCUUCCGAGACAUAUAUAGUUGAAGGUGGUAUUGUACCGAAGCACCUGUACAAAGCUGAUCUGGAGGGUUCAUCGAGUGAACACGAACACAGUCUGUACCACUCGAUCAGCCUUGGACGUGGCCAAUCUCAUCAAAUCGUGAUUCACUCGGAUGACCCUGGUGCUGUUUUAACGUGGGACUUCGAUGUGAUGAGACACAACGUGAUAUUCACCGUCCUGCACAAGACAAAAGAUCCUAGCUUAGGCAAUAAUACAACUGCUUCCAAAAAUCCCUUGUUAGCGGAUCUCGACAGUACCUCAACGAAGGAAUGGAAAGAAGGAGUGGACUGUGUCAAAGUAGAACCAAGCGUUGUAUGUCAUGACGGAGAGAGUAUACAGGGAACCCAUAUUAUGCAAGAGGCCGGAGUUUAUAUUUUGCAAUGGUUAAACCCCGAAGAACAAGGAGAAUUUCUUCCUUCCAUCAGUUCCCACAAAGCGCAGCUAAUGUACUUUUACGAAACCCUACCUUCAGCUAACUAUAGGGGAUCGAUGAUGAGCUUGCAAUCUGCAGUAAGUGGCAAGUCGUAUGCAAGCUCUUCGCUGUCCAGAUGAGAGGCUCGAGCUAAGAAGAAAGCCAGCAGUAUUGAUCCUGACAACGGUACGUAACGGAUAUGUAUUUACCUCGAGUGUAAGCGAACUGCCGUCUGCUGUUUGACACCCUGGAGGAUCUACCUGGAUUGCUAUCUGAAACGACGGAAUCAUCACAUGGCGGAACGACAAUGUUAAACCGUUUAAAUUGUUAUCAAGUUGAUCGAGACGUAAUCAUGUUGCCAAUUUAAAAAUUAUUUUCAUACACACACGAAGUAGCCGAAACGUUGGCUAUGCAUCGUACAUGGCAAACAGCUGAUUUGCAAUAUCGUGCAAACCUCACGGUCAAUUGAAGCGACCGAUACGAGUGAUUUUACUGCUGGCGUGAUUCUGGUUAUUGGUGAUCGUCGUUGCAUUUGACAGAUUUUGAAUAAGAAGACGUACACGACGUGAAUGUCAAGAACAGAAUGGUCCAAUGGAUAAGGUUUUAUUAAUUAGGUAGCUAAGUAAAGUUUCCACGAAACUACUAAGAGAAUUUUACAAAUCAUAUUGCGUAAUACCUAGAAAUCAGUUGUGCUGAAUUAGGCUGUCUUGCCUAUGAUGCUGUUCAAGCGUUGAUUUAAAUCACCCUACUCUGUUAAAAGAAAGUGCUGACCUUACCAGUACAAACUGCAGCCCCAUUACCGAGAGGAUUCGCUUCUCUAUUUUUAUUGACAUUUUUAUUUUUGACUCGAAAUUCCAUUACUAUAUCUUAGAUUAAUGGAACAUCGGUAGUGUCUUAUCAAGAUGACUUUAUGCUUCGAAAUAUUGAUGCAUUAAAUGACUUAAAAUUAUUCCUGCGUAAAUUGUAAUGUCAGGCUGCGUUUUACUCAUGAGAAUAAGAUAACCUCUGUAACACAUCUCUUGAAAUGCAAUCAAUGUGUACUAACAAAUUACAUAAAAGAAUGCAUUUUGCAGGUUAAAUACUUUGCCAUUGUCUUUUGACGAAAAUGUUAUUUAGUAGUAAUCAGCGAUUUCUUUUGAGUGUUGCAGCACUUGCGAAUAAUUCCAUGUCAUUUUUCGGAAGAAAAAUGUAUGUAAGAAUGAGUAACGAUAUCGACAUAUUCUAAGUACAGUAGAAAUAGUACGUGAGUUUUAGGAGUAGCACGUAGUAAUUAGUACCGAUUAAUAACUUGGAGAUGAUGAGUCUCGAUAAUGCAGGAAAUGCAAAGUAGGCCGAAUUCGAGUAAGAUAGUUAUUUAAUGCGUAGUAAUUCAGUCGUGAGUAUUAGAUACUUCGAUGGAACAGCAAGCUAUUUUCUCCUAAUUAAAGUAAUUAAAAAAUCUAGAAAAAUUUCACUAAUCCCAUUCGGUAUUCCUGAAAUCUAGAAAAAUGAGUAAUUGCUGCAUUUGACAACUUGUACGAGUCGUCAGUAGCUUCAAUUGAGAAGUGCAGAGAAGCCAUGUGUAUUAGGAUUAACAAUUGCGACGUAAGUUAUUUCUCAGUCUAUGAGAGUAAUAAUGAAUGUAAAUUUUAAUCUCGAUCUAGCACAACAGUUUCUGCAUAGAGAAUAAAAUUUAUACUUCAAGAAUGAAACAUAGUAAAUUAUGCCGAAAUUACGAAUAAUAAAGGAAUAUAGUUAUACUUUUAUUACUUUUUAGUCAAGUAGGAGACAUAAUAGCAGUAAAUUUAGUUAAUUGUCCAAAAUUAGUUAUCGAUCACUCCAGUGCAAAAAAUUCAAAAUAUAGGAAAAUGGAAAAUAUAUUUAUGAAUAUUUAUCGAAUAAAAUUAAAAUGCCUACAUUUUGCCAGUAGUUUCCAAUUGGUCUUGAAAUUAAAUUAUCGAUCUCAAUGACUCGAUCUUCAUAUAUGUAUUAUGUAAGCUUUCACGAAGAAGAGUACAACGCAUCGUUAAAUAUCGCCAAAUAUCAGCCUAGCUCCUAGUUCCCACCUCAACGCGUUUAUUUUCUUACGCAAAUACGUCAGUGUUCAGUUGACGUUGCACUGAAGUAUAUUUUCCUAAAGAGAUACAAGAAGCGUUAAAUCAAGAUGUUAGAGGCGCCGUUGUAGUAUAUGUACAUAUAAUAUUACACUGCAAUUAUGAGAUCACAAAAACAUGUUUUAUAGUAAUCAUAUUUCAAUACCACAAGGUUAUUGCUAAUUAAACCUUAAUAAUUCAGAGUCAUAGCUAAGUAAAAUUUGGCAACCUCUAGUUCCUUGUGCGUAACCACGAUAAAUUAUAAUAACUACUCUACAUGCAUGUGUGUAAUGGAAAUGGUACUGCAAAUGUGUUUAAAUAAAAUCCAAUAAUUUUCUCUUCAA